AUGCAUAAUGGAAAUGCAUGUCAUCGUACAUUGAUGGUGUCAAGAAAAAAAAAUGAGGGUGCAGUGAACGAAUGUCAAAAACUGUUUCCCAAAUCUAAAUUUUCAUUUUCAUUUGUUGGUUAUGGUAAUCACAGAGAUGGUGAAGACAGAAUUGCUGUUUUGGAUUUCACAGAGUCGAUAUCAAGUUUGGAACAUUCGUCACAAAACUGUUUGGAAACAUAUCCGCGAAUCAUGUUUCAUAUGGCCGACCGUCCUUGCCAUGGAAACCGUUUUCAUAAUCCAAACGUGGGCGACAAGUAUCCUGACGGUGAUCCGCGAGGCCUUAAAAUAGAAGACUUGCUGUUGAAGUUGCGGGAGAUGAAUAUUUUGUACUGCUUCAAUGAAUACUUCUAUGUCGUACUUGGAAAAGGACACCCGUCUCUUUCCAUUCAAUUGGAGACGAGGUACAAAAUAGAUGAAAAAACACCUAAUUGGAUGGAAAUUUUUGCGCAGAAAGUUAUUGUGUCGAAGGCCAAAAUUCCUGAUAAUUUGAACAAAUUGAAACCAAAGUAUGUUGUUUACGAGGAGUCUGAACGGAGAAUAAAGAUUGCGCCCAAUCCUUUCGCGGAGGGAACUUUACGCAUUGCUUUUUAUUGUCAACUUAGAACAGAUAAAGGAGUUUGUUCGUUGGUCCUGAAGCAAUUCAAGCACUUAAGUAAAAGGCAAAAGGUGAGCUGUGUUGAGGAAAUGGAAACUCAACGUGUUGCAAUAACUUUGGCGAGAAAAUUCAAUGACAUCAAACCGAAGGGAGUAAGAGAUGUUGUUCACUUUGCUGACGUGUCUGUUGUUACAGUCAACGAUGAUGAGAAUUAG